GCGAGACGAUGUGCAGACGAUGGCGCUAGAACUUAAACAUAGCUCUGUGUUAUUUACCGCCGAGGAUGGCUCGUCAAUGGUUUUCCUCCUCAGACCAUGUGCUGAGAAGAAAAGACUAAGGCCUCUUAUUGAACAUGGAGGAGGAGAGUUGACGAGCAUUGGGGAUCAAAAUGCUAUCCGGCUAGCGACUGAUGACUGCACCAUAACAUCUGGUAACUGUCUUUCCACACGUUACAUAGACGAUUGUAUUACGGAAAAUAAACUACUAGACAUGGCCAACUAUAGAGUGACUACCAGGAGCAAAGCUGACAUGUCUGGUGAGAUAGGGGAUGUCGAUGAUGAUUUGUCACAUGCAUCAGUGAUAAUCAAGACUGUAUCAAGGGAUCGCAAAGGCCGUAAGAAGUUCAGUCUAGCCGACGACAGAAACAUCAUCAAGUUUCUGAUGGAGGAACAUCGCUAUGCAAGAAUGAAAGGCAAUGCAGUCUGGAAAGACAUGGAGAUUUUAAAGAUCACAGACCAUACCUACCAAUCAAUGAAAGACCGUUUUAAGAAGCAGAUCCUUCCCAACAUUCGUAGUUACAACAUCCCCAAGCCCUGGAUUUCUGCUCUGACUGGAUUAACAGCCGAUGCUAGAACAUCACCAGUGCCAGGUAAAAGUCAGCCGGCUGUGCGUGGAUUUUCUCCGCUGUCAGGCUUCAUGGACGGCAUGUCUACACGAUCCUCCAGUCGAAGUCCUCGUCAGUCAACCCCCAAAAAGACACAGGCGGUGUCCAACCAUCCAGAACCUGACAAUCAUUCAAGAAGUGAUGAACCACAUGAUCCUAAAAUUACAAAGCAAUCAUCACUGGACAGUACAUUAGAGACUAACAAUACUGAAAGCACAAUCAGAACUGGCCAAUCAAAGAGCAAAGCUGCAGAAGUACUAGACCAAUCGGAUGAGGAUGAGUUUGAUAAAGAACUGUACAGGAUAUCAGUGGUUGAUACAGAAGGAGAUGUUGAUACUGAGAAAACAUCUACUGAAGAUGUUUACAUCACAAACAGAACUGUGAGCGGUUCUCCAGCUAAAGACCAAAACGAGAAAGCCAAGGAUAAAGGCAACCUACAGAAAGUGGAGCGACGGAGUUUGAGAUUACGACACGGUCAGCAGUCUGACAAGAGAGAUAAUCCCGUCAGAAGCUCAGUUCUAGCAUUGAGGAGUUCUCCCAGGAAAAAGAUCAGCACCAAGUCUGAUGAUUCGUUUAAAAAAAGUGGGAGUGGCCAGAGAAUCAUGUCAAAGGGUAAACAGGCCAUGCCAAAACACACGAGUCCCACACGAGGCCAGAAGAGAAAGAGUAGUCCUGAAAAACCAACAGGGCGAGAAUCCAACCCAGAACGUUCUCAAGCAGCCUCUCCAGACAGACCAUUGCAGCCAGCCUCUCCAAAUAAACAGGUGGGACAACAGUGAACUUGGAAGAUUUGC